UUUCAAGAUUCCGAUAGUAUUUUUGGUUUGAUUAGGCUCUCUACUAGUCUCUUUCAUGGCGUCUUCUCAUAAAGGAGCUGCAGGUGACUCAAUGGGAAGCAGUAAAAUGAGUUUUGAUCAAAAGAGACAGCUUGUCUGGAAGCUGUCGAAAGAAUCCGAGAGAGCCUUCAAAGAAGUCUUGAAGGACUGGAGCUGCAACGAGAUUCGAGAGCUCUUACGUGCAGAAUCAGGGAAAUAUAUAAAAUACACCGGUUUAACGAAAGAAGAGAUCAUCAUAAGGCUUUUCAACAUUGUAUCAAAGAAAAACACUGGAGGUUAUGAGGUAGAAGAAGAGAGAAAUCCAUCACCAAAAAGACAGAGGAAAGAUCUUGAUCCUUUGCACUAUGUGACUCCGUUAGCUAAAGCUAAAGGCAAGGGUACAAUGUAUUGUCAGAACUUGGCUUGCCAGGCUAAACUAAGAGAGGAAGCCACUUUUUGCCAAAGGUGUACCUGUUGUAUCUGCUAUAAGUAUGAUAACAAUAAAGAUCCUAGUCUCUGGUUAACCUGCAAUUCAGAUCCUCCAUUGGACGGUGAAUCUUGUGGCUUAUCUUGCCACCUGGUUUGCGCUUUCAACAAUGAGAAUUCGGGUCUGAAAGAGGAUACGCCGAGUAGUAAUAUUGAUGGAUGCUUCAGCUGUGUUUUCUGUGGCAAGGAAAACAGCAAGAUAGAAUGUUUGAAGAAGCAACUGAUCAUUGCAAAUGAAGAAAGAAGAGUAGGUGUGUUUUGUUUCCGCAUUCUCAUGGCUCAUAAGCUUCUCAAGGGAACAAACAAGUACACACUAGUAUCUAAAGAGGUGGAGGAAGCUGUGAAGCAUCUAGAAACUGAAUUCGGUGUUCCUAUUACUGGUCUUCCAUCGGAGUUGAGUAGAGGGCUCGUUAACAGACUUUGCUGCGCGAAAAAAGUCAAGGGACAUUGCUCUUCUGCUCUGAAAGAGCUUGAUAGUCUUCCACUGCCUUCUACUAUUCAAGGAUCAUUGAAGAUCAAAAUUGAGUCUGUUCUAGCAACUUCUGUAACUUUCAUUAUGGAUGUCGAAGAAUCUUUCUCAUGGGGAGAUACCAAUCAUUACCGGAUGUUCCAUCGAAAGGCCACAGAGAGAUAUUACUCGGAGCAUUUGACUCGUGAGUUGUUCAGUGUAACAAGUUACCCAAGGUUUAAUGUCUUGGAACUAACUCCAGCUACAGAGUAUUGCUUCAAGAUUGUUUCCUUUAGCGGCGUCGAAGAAGUGAGCGUAGAUGAAUUCAGAGUCUCUACACAAACCCUCCAAGAAGAAGAAGAUGACAAAGAAGCGGCAGCAGUUUUAAUGAAUAUGCCAAACUGCGAAAAUCUUUCACUUCCACCACCGCCUUCCUUAGAAACAGAUAGACAGGAGAAUGGGAACAAAAUGGAGAGAUUUGGGCUUGAGCAAUGUGUGAAGCUCAUUAGGCAGCUAGAGUGCUCAGGUAAGGUCAAGAGUGAUUUCAGAGUGAAGUUUCUGACUUGGUAUAGCUUAAGAGCGACGUCUAAGGAGAAACAUAUCGUGGAGAUCUGUGUUGAUACUUUCAAAGACGAUACAGUAGCUCUGGCUGAGAAGCUCAUUGAUAUAUUCUCUGAUUGCAUAUCAAGGAAGCGUCCUGCGAUUGGUGGUGGCAGUAGCGGUGGUGGUGACUGUGAGUCUGCUGGAUUGUGUUUGAUGCUGCUGAGCAUUGAUUAUAGGAGAUCGGAUGAUAAGCAUUGAUUCAAGUUUUAGGUCUUUUUUUUUUUACUCUCUUUUGGACCUUUUAGGAAGGAUUCAACUUGUUUUUUCUUCUUCAGUUGGGAUUUUUUUAGCAUUAUUGAAACCUCAGAGUUUGAUGAUUUGAUUGUAUUUUGGAUUUUAAUGAGUUAGUAACUUUUCUUGAAGCA